AUGUCACUUGUCUCGUUUACAAGCGUGUUAACAUCCUUAAUCGUACUCACUAUCCUUACGACAUGUCUUCUUUGGCCGUGGCUUCAUGCAACUUAUACUUGGCGUACAGGUACAAUUAAAUCUUUAAAUGAACUUUCCAAUCGACGAUCAACCACGCGACAAGUACCUCGCAUUAUUCAUCAAACUUAUCGUCAUAUCGAUUCGAUUCCAUUAAAAUGGCAAGCAGCAUCGAAUAGUUGUCGGUAUCUUCAUUCAAAUUAUGAGUACAAAUUUUGGUCAGAUAAUGAGGGACGAGGUUUAAUCAAAAGAGAAUUUCCAUCUCUUUUGCCUACAUUUGAUUCGUAUCCGUACGAUAUUCAACGCGCCGAUGUUAUUCGUCUUGUUGUGCUUUACCUGUAUGGAGGCAUUUAUAUCGAUUUUGACAUAUUUUGUUUGAAAUCACUUGAUUCGUUACUCGAGUAUGAGUUUAUUCUUCCUCAAACAAAACCCGCUGGUUUAUCGAACGAUGUAAUCAUUUCGAAACCAAGGCAUCCGUUUUUGUAUCAAGUUUUGAAUAAUUUACCGAGUGCAAAUCGAUACAUCAUCAGCAAGUAUCCAACAGUCAUGUUUUCGACAGGUCCAAUGUUUCUGACGCAGGAGGCAUCAAAGUAUCCUAAUCGAUCUUCUCUGGAUACUCUUUCCACUGAACUGUACGGCAAAUAUGCAUCUAAUUCUUCACGAGCUCUCUUUCGACAUUUAAAAGCAUCAAGUUGGCAUGGAAGUGAUGCAUUAUUGGUCAAAUGGAUCUAUCGUUGGCGGAAUAUCUUUCUCUUGAGUUUCCUCGUUGUCGUUCUCUACGUUAUUCAUACUGUUCAACAACGCUAUCAUCGAACGAAUAAUUCAACGAUGAAGCAAUAG